UCGAGUCUUACCCAGAUACUGAAACCAGGGAGAGAAGAUGAUUAUUGGGUACACGCCCCUCCGAAACGACACCGUUUUCGCCAAGGCCCUCGACCUCCGAGACUCCACCAUAAACCCAGUUCCAUUCCGCUCAGUUUUCGCCAAACCCAAAAGCACCGUGGUCAGAACAUUGGAGGUGGUGUCCAUGUUGGCGCCAAGAAAGUUUAUGCAGAGGAGGAAGAAAAUUGAAGUGUUCAGAGACGCAGCUGAUGAAGCUGAGCAGAGGAAGUGGAGGAGAAUGAUGAAGGAAAUUGAGGAGGUGGGUUCUGCUGUUUCAGUGCUCAGUACGAAGAACCAGGCUCUCCCCAGAGACCUCGUUCUGGGUACUUUGGUUAGAUUCAAGCAGCUCAAGAAAUGGAGCCUUGUCAGUGAGAUUCUUGAGUGGCUACAGACUCAGCCCUGGUGGGAUUUCAGUGAAAUGGAUUUCUUGAUGCUUGUUACGGCUUAUGGAAAACAAGGGGACUUUAACAAGGCUGAGAGGGUGUUUGGUGACAUGCAUAAGAAGGGCUAUUCACCGAGUGUGAUAUCCCACACUGCUCUUAUGGAAGCAUAUGGAAAAGGAAAGCAAUAUAAUAAGGCUGAAUCAGUAUUUCGAAGGAUGCUGUCUUCGGGCCCUGAGCCUUCUGCUUUGACUUAUCAACUAAUACUUAAAAUAUUUGUUGAGGGUAACAAGUUUAAGGAAGCUGAAGAAACUUUUGAGACCCUUUUGGAUGACGAGAAAUCACCUUUGAAACCGGACCAGAAAAUGUUCCACAUGAUGAUUUAUAUGUAUAGAAAGGCUGGGAACUAUGAAAAAGCUCGUAAAAUAUUUGGCCUGAUGCGUGAGCGAGGAGUUCCUCAAUCCACAGUUACUUACAAUAGCCUAAUGUCUUUUGAAACUAAUUACAAGGAAGUUUCAAAAACGUAUGAUCAGAUGCAAAGAGCUGGUCUUCGGCCAGAUGUUGUGAGCUAUGCCUUACUCAUUAACGCUUAUGGGAAAGCUCGAAGGGAAGAAGAGGCGUUAGCUGUUUUUGAGGAGAUGCUGGAUGCAGGUGUCAGGCCAACACACAAAGCUUAUAACAUUUUGCUUGAUGCAUUUGCAAUUUCUGGAAUGGUAGACCAAGCUCGGACUGUGUUCAAGAGCAUGAGAAGAGACAGAUGUACUCCAGAUAUCUGCUCUUAUACAACUAUGUUAUCAGCUUAUGUAAAUGCAUCUGACAUGGAGGGUGCUGAGAAAUUCUUUAGAAGAUUGAAACAGGACGGCUUUGAGCCCAAUGUUGUUACUCAUGGGACAUUGAUCAAAGGGUAUGCAAAAAUAAGUAAUCUUGAGAAGAUGAUGGAGAAAUAUGAAGAAAUGCAGGUACAUGGCAUCAAAGCCAAUCAGGCAAUCUAUACUGCAAUAAUGGAUGCAUAUGGCAAGAACAAGGAUUUUGGCAGUGCUGUAUUUUGGUUCAAGGAAAUGGGAUUUUGUGGGGUUCCUCCUGACCGAAAAGCAACAAAUAUCCUUUUGUCUUUGGCAAAAACAGAGGCAGAAAAGGAAGAAGCUAAUCUACUUGUAGGAUAUAGCAGUAAAUAUAGUAAUGGACAUAUGGAUAAUGGAUCAUUUGAGUGUGCUGAUGAGGAUGAUGAUGAAGACAACAGUAAUGAUGAUGAUGAGGUAGAAUGAUGCAGAACAUAUCCAAUCCUUUGAAGGGAAAACAAGAUGUUUUGAUUGUUUGAGAUGGUUAUGAUGAACAAAACAAAGGCUGUACACACUCAAAAGUUUUGAUAAUCUGUGAAUUUUGAAGUUUUGUUUUUGUUUCUUUUCUCUUUUUUGGGGGCAUACAAUGUAAAAUCCUUUCCCUAAGGAAUCACCUCAACGUUGUUAAGACUGUUUAGACAUUAUGAAAAUGGGAUAAUUCCAUUUAUUCAUGUAGCAUAUGAAUUCAGCCAAA